GCCGUACAAAAAACGGAAAACGAAUGGAAGACACAACUCAGUUCGAUGCAAUAUUAUGUGUUGCGCCAAGGAGGUACAGAGGCCCCUGGGUUCAGCGUCUUGCAAGGUGAAAAACGCCCAGGCGUUUUCGAAUGCGUUGCUUGUGGAACUCCGUUGUUUGACUCCCAGUUCAAGUUCAACAGUGGGACCGGUUGGCCUUCAUUUGCCAGAGGUAUGCCAGGAAUUGAAGUUGAGCAACUGAAUCCCGUGCAAGCUAGCUUAGGCGGUGCUGAACUACGAUGCGGAACUUGCGGUGGUCAUCUCGGAGACGUUUUUCAAGAUGGAUUUUUGUUCAUUGGGACUGAAGCUCAGAAAUCGGGCCAACGUUACUGUAUUGAUGGUGCUGCUUUGCUAUUCCGACCU